AUGACUCUUCUCUUUCUCACCUGCUCCUCUGUCACCUCUUUCAGAAAGCAUGCUCUGAAUUGUCAUCAGAUGAAGCCUGCUCUCUUCAGUGUGCUCUGUGAGAUCAAGGAAAAGACAGGGUUGAACAUUCGUGGCAUUCCGGAAGAGGGUCCCCCCGACGCUCAGCUCCUAAAGCUGGAUAACAUGCUGCUGGCCGAGGGCAUGUGCAGGCCGGAGAAGCAAGGAAGAAGAGCACAGGCGGCGGCUGGCACAGCAACACCAGGUGGCUGUCCAAAUGACAGUGGCCUUGAGCACUCUGACUACAGGUCCAAGCUGUCCCAGAUCCGACAGAUUUACCACUCUGAGCUAGAGAAACAGGAACAGGCCUGCCGUGAGUUCAGCACGCGUGUCACCAGCCUUCUCCGGGAGCAGAGCAGGAUGAGGCCUGUCUCGCCCAAGGAGGUCGAGCACGUGCUGGGCCUCCUGCACGGCAAGUUCAACAGCGUCCAGAUGCAGCUGAAGCAGAGCGCCUGCGAGGCCGUGGUGACCCUGCGCUCGAGGUUCCUCGAUGCCAGGUGUAAGCGGCAGGAUUUCAGCAGGCAAGCCACGGAAGUGCUGAAUGAAUAUUUUUAUUCCCAUUUGAACUACCCUUACCCCAGUGAAGAAGCCAAAGAGGAGCUGGCCAGGAAGAGUGGCAUCACAGUCUCCCAGGUCUCCAACUCGUUCGGCAACAAAAGAAUCCGGUAUAAAAAGAACAUGGGGAAGUUUCAAGAAGAGGCUACCAUUUACACAGGUUCCUCUGGUCCCUUUCCGAUGACCAGCACCAGCGACACACUUAUCACCCUGCAGACGCUGGCCUCCCUCCGGCCCGCCCCUGGGGAAGGCAGCCUUCUGGGCCAGGCCAGGGGCGGCUGGCAGGUGAGGCGAAUGUCGACCACUUCACCUAUUGGAGACCCCGGCAGUGUCACCUCAGAUGCAUCUAAGUGUUGGGAUGAGCAGAAAAGAGGACAGUGUGACCUGCCUUGGUUCCCUGGAAUUCAUGUUACCUCAGAAAACCCAGAACUGACAGCAGACAGCGCUCCCUGAGCUGACGGCAGGCGACACCGGUACCAUCUUUUGCUUGUCAGCUGGGGUUUGAAAUGGGCUGAGACACUGCUCGUUCUGCCAGCUCUGUUUGGUUUUUUUAAUAGUAAUUUUAUGGUUAA